AUGGACUCCGACGGCCUGAAGCAGAGGCAUAAUGCUGCCACGCAGCCCAUACCGCCCGAGGAGCUGCACACACACGGCGCAGAUACUGGCAAGAUUGUACACCCGGCAGGCCCAGUCAAACACGGCGGGCCAAAACAAGCUCUGCGCAUGUUCCUGUUCGGCGUGUACUUCUUGGGCAGCUGCGUGUGUAUCAACGUAUCCCAGUUUAUCGGCGCCCCGCUAUACUUCUGCAGCAAGGACUGGUACUAUGCCUGGAUGGCCGUCACCAAACAGCACUUCGGCUUGCUCAUCACCACCAUGACCCAGUGGUGGUCGCCGACCGUUGUGAGAGUCAGUGGCGAUGAGAGCGUGCGCGGUCAGCUCAGGCAGACUGAAGACGGCCGUUUGGAGUGCGACUUUCCCGACCGCAUGCUUCUGAUUGCGAACCAUCAGAUUUACACGGAUUGGCUAUACUUGUGGUGGAUUGCCUACACCUCGCGCAUGCAUGGCCACCUGUACAUCAUUCUUAAGGAAUCGCUCAAGUACAUCCCCCUCAUCGGCACCGGCAUGCAGUUCUUCAGCUUCAUCUUCCUCUCGCGCAAAUGGGCGACAGACAAACCCCGCUUUCAACAUCGCUUGCAGAAGCUUAACGCUCGCCACAAAGGCCCCAUGUCAGGCGAGCAUGACCUGGAUCCAAUGUGGCUCCUCAUCUUUCCCGAAGGCACCAACCUGUCCACGAAUGGCCGCGAAUCAAGCGAGCGCUGGGCGAAGAAGAGCGGUCAGCCCGACCUGAGACAUGCGCUCUUGCCGAGGAGCACUGGGCUGUUCUUCUGCUUGCAGGAAAUGAGCGAGACUACAGAGUGGGUCUACGACUGCACUAUGGCAUACGAGGGCGUUCCGCGAGGUCAAUACGGCCAAGAUCUAUUCACCUUGAAGUCCACCUACUUCGAAGGCCGGCCCCCGCGGUCAGUCAACCUUCACUGGCGCCGCUUUGCCGUCAAGGACAUCCCAGUAUCGUCACAGACCGAAUUCGAGCAAUGGGUCCUGCAGCGUUGGCGCGAAAAGGAUGAUCUGCUUGAAACCUACCUGCAGACGGGCCGCUUCCCUUGCGAUACCGAGGGCAUACGUUACGAGGUACCAGGCCGACGUCUCAAUGGCAUGCCGAUGCUCGACAAGACCAAGACGAUUGAGGAAGGCAAAGGCUACAUCGAGACCGAGGUUCGACCGAAGAGCCCGGUUGAGUUCCUACAAAUUUUUAUCCCCGGGGCUACGUUAUUGCUGGUGGGCAACGUCGUGUUCAAAACGCUAAAGCUGGUGAAAUUGGUUGCCGGCGGUGCGUAG